GGUAUAAGUAUUAAUGAAUCUUCUUCUUUAGAAGUGGUAGUUUUACAAGAUGAGAUGAUUAAAUUAAAAACAGAUAUUUUUUGUGAAAAAUGUAUUAGAAUUAUUAACAAGAUCACCAAUAAAUCAUUUGAAGGUAACAUUUUAUUCAUAACUGAGACUAGGCAAUUGGAUUUAAUUGUUUUGAUUGUCACUCUACAAAAAACUAUUUCAGGAUUUAUAAUUUCAAAGUAA